UCGCAUCAGAGCGUGGGGCUCAAGCGCUUGGUGCGCGCGACAACCACUACACACUCUGAAGCAAAGAGAGACGGAGAGAAAGUGAGAGGAAAGAAUGGAAAAGGGAAGGAGAGUGGUGGUCUCAGCUCUGCAAUUCGCUUGCACCGAUGACGCCUCCACUAAUGUCGCCACCGCCGAAAGACUGGUUAGAGCUGCUCAUGGAAAGGGUGCAAACAUCAUUCUUAUACAGGAACUUUUUGAGGGUUACUAUUUCUGUCAGGCAGAAAGGGAGGAUUUCUUUCAACGAUCUAAGCCUUAUAAGGGCCACCCAACAAUCCUGAGGAUGCAGAAACUUGCAAAAGAGUUAGGGGUAGUGAUACCAGUUAGCUUCUUUGAAGAGGCUAACAAUGCUCAUUACAAUUCAGUAGCCAUAAUUGAUGCUGAUGGGACAGAUCUUGGACUUUAUAGAAAGUCCCAUAUCCCAGAUAGCCCAGGCUACCAAGAAAAAUUCUACUUUAAUCCUGGUGACACUGGCUUUAAGGUAUUCCAGACUAAGUUUGCAAAGAUUGGAAUUGCAAUUUGUUGGGAUCAGUGGUUCCCAGAGGCAGCCCGUGCUAUGGUUCUUCAAGGUGCAGAAAUAUUGCUUUAUCCUACAGCUAUUGGUUCUGAACCUCAAGAUGCAGAACUUGAUUCCCGUGAACACUGGAAGCGGGUAAUGCAAGGGCAUGCUGGGGCAAAUGUGGUACCUUUAGUAGCUUCUAAUCGCAUAGGAAAAGAGUUAAUUGAGACACGGCAUGGAGAAAGUGAGAUCACAUUCUAUGGGAACUCUUUUAUCGCAGGACCAACUGGAGAAAUUGUUGCAGUUGCUGAUGAUAAAGAGGAAGCUGUUCUUGUAGCAGAAUUUGAUUUGGAUCAAAUCAAGUCCAAGAGACACAGUUGGGGAAUAUUUCGUGAUCGGCGUCCGGAUUUAUACAAAGUGCUUCUGACAUUAGAUGGCAAGAAUCCCACACUCUGAUAAUCAUCUUAUUACUACCUUUUUGCUCAGGUAACUAAUAAAAGUUCUUUCACAAUUUUCAGUACCGUGUGGUAUUUGAACCUGAAAUGAAAUAUGGUAUAUUGAACACUGUUGUUAUCUGUACAAUUACCAUGUCGGAUUGCCCUGUAUUAUGUGAUAUCCACAAAUCAUUCUCAUUGUUUGAGUAUCCUAUUUAGCACUCUGUUCAUUAAUGAUAUGUGGCGUUUGUUGUGUU